GUUCUCUUAAUUUUCUUUCCAUCCAUCUCCUUCUUCGGCUGCAGAGCUGUCAGGCCAGAGACUCCACAUUUUAGGUUAAGUGCCACAACUGUAUAAUCAUACAUGUCAAGCAUCAAAGGAGUCCCUAGGAUGGGGAAGACACUUAUGGAGCUAAUGGUCCUCCUGGGACUGGGCAGCAGCGCUGUCCAGAGACCGGAAUACGACGACACCUCAGCCCCCGAGUUCCUCAACCCCUCCUGGAUGGCAAGCAUCCCAGACAGCUGCCCGCUGUCUGAAAUCACCAUGCCUGGCACCCACAACACCAUGGCCUUCUAUGGCAGUGUCUUGGCCGAGUGCCAGUCCUGGAGCCUGGGGUUACAGCUGCGCGCUGGCGUGCGCUUCCUGGACGUGCGCGUGCGCCACAUGUGUGGCAACCUGACCAUCCACCACGGUGUGUCCUACCAGUGGGCGCACUUCGGCGACGUGCUGGAGCCCGUGGCCGAGUUUCUCCGCGAGUACCCCAGCGAGACAGUGCUGAUGCGGCUCAAGGAGGAGUUCAGCGAGACCUCCAACAUCUACGGGCCAGUGGUCAGUUACAUCCACCGCUACGCCGACUGGGACCAGCUCUGGCACAGUCGGCUCAUACCCACCUUGGGAGAGACCAGAGGGAAGCUUGUGAUCCUCCAGGACUUUGCCGGACCAGACCUUGGCAUGCGCUAUAGGUCUCUGGACAUUGCAGAUAAGUGGAAAGUACCCACCCUCCUCCAUGUGACUGAGAAAUGGAAAAAUGUGUAUGAACACCUGGAGUUGGCCCGUGUGGGCAAUAAGGCUGGUAUCUUCCUCACCUACAGUAGCGGAGCUGGCUUCUUUGCCUAUCCAAGAUCCGUCGCCCAACGUAUCAAUGCCCGCCUCUAUGACUACCUGGAGGCGCAGGCAGGACAGAAGAGACGUUUCGGAAUUAUCUCUAUGGACUUCCCUGCCGCCCCCCUCCUUCAAAUGAUCAUUGGCUUCAACUGAGAGAGAGAGAGCCCUUAUUGGUCUGGCCUACUGCCACACAGACAAUGUAGAUUUGAUCAAAUGAAAUUUGCUGGAAAACGACAUGUGGUUUGGACCCUAUUACAGCGUUAGACCGAGACCUAUGGUGUCUAUGGUGCCUGUCUCUCUGGGAUUAAGGUAUCUAGCUGGACCUACAUAACAAAUGGACUGACUCCACAACAGUACACCUGAAAAUAUUUGAUUAACUUGGAUAUUAGAGUAAACACUUACUAGGCUCUGAUGCACAAAGGGUAAUCAAUUAUUUAUAAUUUUUUUCUGACAAGAUAUUAUUGUGUAAGUGAUGUAAUUAACACACCGUCCCCUUUAAAACCCAACAGUGCUUCAGUUACAACACUGGCACUGGCUUUGAGUCACUGGCUUCAGUUACAACACUAACACUGGCUUUGUGAUUAGACAUGAAUUAACUGAAUUUGGCUUUUUUUUAUUCAUAUGUUAUCGUAGGGGGAACAUAACUUGUGUUUCAAGCUUGUUUGAUGACAAUCUUUUUCCCAAAAUGAAUUGAAUGGAUUAAGGAAAAGCUUGCAGCAGAGAAGUACAAUGGGAAUGUCAUACUGGACAAGUAAAAGCUCUCCCUCCCUGUUUAAUCUCUUCUUGAUGUGUUUGUUGACUAACAGUAUUUAUCUGAAUAUAAAGAUGAUUUAUGAC